AAAGGGCCCGGGCUCCUUUAAGACUGCGGCAGGUUUCAGCCUCUUCCCAGGACCCAGCGGGUCAGUUUCCCCUGGCGAUGGGGGGGACCCGCAGCUGAGCGGAGCCGCCCCCCGGGAAGGAACUAGCGGCCCCCGCCCGCCAGCACCUUGCAAGGGCCCCGCCCCCGCUGCAUCCUCCCACCUGGGGCUGCCUCCUGCCGCGGCUGGGAGGCGAGUUUCUCCCGAGCCGGCUCGCCACGCAGGGCCCCCCCGGCCAGCGCGCACCGGGCACCUCCCCUGCCAUGGACUGAGCGCGCUGUCGUCUCCGCCGGGGGCUGGGACUGGCCCCUUCCUUGCUGGGGGGUUCACCCCCCCUCCUCCCCGCUGGGUUUUUUUAAUGGGGCAGCAAGAGACUUGACCAUGUUAUCGGGCUCCAAAAACUCCUUUAAAAUCCAGCAGCACCAGCCGGGCCCUGCGCUGAGAGGUCCAAAGUCCUCUGCCAUGAACAGCAGGAGAAACAAGAACUGCCAGGCUUUCCCGUGUAUCCCAGGGGAACACGUCCUGGAAGCGGCAGCUCACGUGAGGAAGAUCGUCUGCUCCAGGGAUGGUGAAGGAUCCAUCCUGGGCACACUGUACUGCACCAACCUGAGAGUCGCCUUCGUGCCAGAGCCAACCCCUGGUGACACGGUGGGGGCCCCUCGCUGUUCCACUCGCCUGCACAGUGAGCACGACGUGGCCCUGCUCUGCAUCAGGAGGCUAGUGGCAGUGAACAGCUUCACCAAGGCCAAGGUGCUGACGGCCAGCUCUACACUCAAGUUCAUCCCGGAGGAGCUGGUCCUCUACUGCCGGGACUUCCGGGUGCUGCGUUUCCGCUUCCGCGACAGCGGCUUGGAACCCCGGGCUUGUCAGGUGACGCUGGCCAUUGUGCAGGCUCAGGAGAGCAGCAGCGCCAGUGCGGGGACGUGGUACGACACUGGCGCUAUAAGGAACCUGGAAAACGCCUGGCUGAGCACGGAGGGGUCGUCGUCCUCCUCGACGCUGCUCUUUGAGAGGCCCUGUGACUGGGAGAAGGAGCUGAGGCGGCUUGGGGCUGCUGGCUGGAGGGUCAGCCCUGUCAACGAGCGCUUUGACAUGGCCACCAGCCUCCCCAAGUACCUCUGGGUCCCCAGCAGGCUCCUGGACAACGAGCUCAAGAGGGCCUUUGGCCACUUCAACGCCAGGCGCAUCCCGAGGCUGUGCUGGCAUCACCCGGGAGGCAGCGACCUGCUGAGAGCCGCCGGCUUUCACGCCGAUUCAGACCCCGAGAAGGAAGACGUGAGGUCUGUGGAAGCGCUGAUGCUCGCUGGCCACGCCCAGUGUGUGAUAGUGGAGACAGCCGUCGACCUGCCCAGCCCUGCAGAGAUCCAGCUCUCUUACCUCAAGCUUCGGGCCCUCUGCCUUCCUGACUCCUCUGUGGCCGAUGAGAAAUGGCUCUCCGCCCUGGAGGGGACGCGCUGGCUGGAGCACGUGAGGGCUUGUGUGAGGAAAGCAUGCGAGGUGGCUGCCCUGCUGGCGGAGAGGUCCCGCUCCAUCAUGCUGCAAGAGUCAGAUGAUCGGGAUCUGAACUGCCUGCUGGCCUCCCUCAUCCAGGUCCUGUCGGAUCCCCACACCCGUACCCAGUCUGGGUUCCAGAGCCUGCUGCAGAAGGAGUGGGUGGUGGCAGGGCACCCCUUCCUCCAGCGCCUCAACCUCCUCCGGGACAACGACCGUGAGGAGUCUCCGGUGUUUCUGCUUUUCCUGGAUUGCGUGUGGCAGCUGCUCCAGCAGUUCCCAGCAUCCUUUGAGUUCACAGAGACAUACCUGUUAGCCCUCCACGACAGCAGCUACAUACCCUUCUUCAGCACCUUCCUGUUUAACUGCCAGUGGGAGAGAGAUCGCAGGAAUCAGCACCGUGCCUCCAACCAGAUCUACGCGCCCGUCAACGGUUGGCGGGAACCCCCUCCCCUGGAGAUCCUGCAGAAGGGUGGCCGCCUGGCGAAGGAGAGAGGGGGCCCCUACUUGCCCACCAUCUGGGACUGGGCGCUGCGCUACACCACUCAGCAGAGGUCUCAGUUCAGAAAUCCUGCCUAUGCCAGGAGCAGCGGCAGCACCACUGUUCCAAAUGGCAAAUCUGCCCCACUAGGGGGUGAUAAGCUGGAAGCUGCCUUGUCUGGGAGCGGCACCAUGUACCUGUUUGCCAAGGGGGCCCUCUCGCCGCAGACCCACCUCUUCCCCUGGAAGAACGGCUCGCUUUCCAAAAAGGGCUGGUGGAGGGCUCAGUCCUCAGAGAGCCUCAGCGAACAGGACCGGUCCUUGAGGAGCAGUCCCAGCGGCUGCCCCCUGCAGCCUGAGGGUCUGCUACUUCCUGCCUCUGUGGGCCCCCUGAUCCGGCUCUGGAGAAGGUGUUACCUGCGGGGAAGCCAGGAAGUUCAGACUCCUUGUGCCUCCCACUGCUAUUGGGUGGAGCAGCAUAGCCUAGCAGAUAGAGCACUGGCCUGGGACUCAGGAGAUCUGGCGGUUGUUCCUGGCUCUGCCACUGAUUCUCUAGGUCACCUUGGCGUGGCCUCUUUGCCUCCACGCUCUGUGAACUCGCAGAGGAACUGGACCUGCUUCGAGGGCGACUGACGGGCGAGGGGACCUGCUAGGGUGCCUAACCAUGGCAGCACGCAGAGCCCUUCUCGCCAGCCGCCUGAAGGCGAAACACCCCGAAGACUGGACGGCCUCGUGUCCUUGCUGCGAUGCUGGAGAUGGGAGAGCGUCCCGGGCAGAACUGGAUCUGUCCGCUGGGCCAGUGGACCAAGGGGGGGGGACCUGGGUUUGUAGGAAUGGCUUCCACGGACUUUACGCCCUGCUGUUCCUCCUGAUGCGGGGAGUUGCCCGUCCUUUUGUGGCUUCAGGAAAGGGAACCGGGCAACCCCGUCCCAUCUAAAGGGCCCGCUCCCACUCACGCAGCUCAGGGUGGUGGGUGCCCAGAUAACCCUGGCUCCUCCCAAGUGCUACCUCCUCAAAGUUGGGCCCAGUCCCAGAGCCCCCGCCCGGCCCUGAGUCUGGUUAAGCCCCCGCCCAUGCUGGGUGUUUGGCCAGGGUUCGGUUGAUGGGGGUCUUGACGGGAACCGAACAACUCCAGUGUUCUCCAGCGCUGCUUGGCAAAACCUACAGCAUAGGAUUCUGUUACUGCAGGGUUUGGGGCAGGCACUCCAUGGUACUGGGUCCAACCGCUUUUGCUGCUGCUCAAUCUGAGUUGUAUCUCUCUCCAUUCUCUGAUCUUUCAUGCACCUUCACCCUCCUCACUCCCCCAGGGUGACUUACUCAGCUGAUGAGGCUGGCUCAUUCACGUACCUCCCCCAGAGGGGCGGCAUGUGGGUGGAAGGGCAGGCGAGGGUUAACCUGCCGCUGCUCAGGCCGUACCCAUCCCCUGGGUUAUUGCUGGCCUCCGAUCUCCAGCACUGUCAGUCUGGCACCCGUCCCUGAGCGCAGGGUGGGAAAAAGCGAGCAAGAGAACCCUGUCCUCAGUAGAUUACCGGGAGCCCUCAUGAGCUCCCAUCUCCGGGCAGGGCUACGCUACAGUCUUGCAUCGGCAAUGGUGUUGUAGCGCUGCUGGUGAAGACAUUCUAAGCCUACAGAGAGCUCUACUGUCAGCUGCAGGGCGGGUUAAGGUCGGUAUAACGACGUUGCUCAGGGAUGUGAAAAAUCCACCCCCCUGAGCGACAUGGUUAGAGCAGAGUGUGUAAUGUAGACCUGGCCUCUGAUCCGAAAGCUGCCAUGCAGUGCCAGAGCCGGAUGCACUUGGCGCUGUCCUGCUAGCAAUGUGCUGGGGCGGGUCUUUGAGGCGGUGGGCAUGUCCAGGCGCUAGGUACUUACUGUGCUACCGCCAGAACUGGCUUUCUAAGCCUUGGAGUUCAGGUCUUCACUGGAGAGUCCCCAGAGGGCGGGAUUGUCGGGAUCCGGAGCUUAGGGACUCUGUUGGCUGAACAAUAUACCCAGCUGUGCCUCUGCCAAUCAUCUGGGCAGCAUGUAAGUUGCAGUCGCAUUGGCAGGUGGCUGAUAAUGGCAAUUCUGAUAAUGUGUGGUCCCGGGAGCCUCUGUCCUCCUUUACCACCCUCGAACAAUGGCAAUUCUGCUCUCAGUAGAUUCUCCUACAGUGUGUUUCCAACACACGCUUAGGGGGGUACUGGUGCAGGGGUGGGAGCCUCUCCUAUCUGCCAUCACGGCAGACCUAGGUCAGGCUACCACCUGAUGUCUCUGAGGAAGGGAUUGGUGGCUCUCAGCCCGGUCCCCAUUAAACAAACGUCUGUGUCCCCCAAGCUCCGUCGUCUUUCCUGCUCUGUGGCUCCCAUCUUGAUACAUGCAAUGGAGUGGGAAUGGGCCUUGUUCUCACCUUUCCCAGUGCUCCUUAUACAUGGAACCUCAGCCCUAGAUUAUGGGGCUGGAGUUAGAGGGAGGGCAGUUUGCCUGGGCUGUACCCAGCCUGGAGGCCUUCAGUUUCCAGGGCUAUCCCACUGGCAUCUCUCUCGAGCUUGGUGAGGAGAAAAAGCUGAAGGCCACCCGGCCCAGUCAUGGGCUGCUUGUGGCCUUAAGUCAGAAUUGUCGUUGCUUGUGUGUUUUAAGUCUGAAUUGAAAAGUGGACGCUGCAGAUCGUGGGCCCUGCAUUUCAGGGAACUGUGCUUUCAGUCUGAGCUCCAGCUUUUCAGAUGCCUGACUCACAACCCGGUCACCCACCACUCCUUCCACUUCAUAGCCAGCCUUCUUGGGCUGAGACUUUCAUCUCCGAGGGGGGAAGUGGGAUUUGGAACCCAAUCUCCCUGCUCACCCUGCCGAAUUCACACCCAAUUAGUUAACUUCACCAGCCAUGCUUGGGCAUUAAAAUCAACAGGAGUCUUUCCAUUGGCCCCAAUGGGCAUUGGAUUCAGGCCCUUGUGAGGGGGAUGGAGGAAACCCUUUGAUGAGAGACUUGCUGCAUCUUUCAGGUACCUACAGAUGCAUGACUGCUGUACCCAGAUGGCAUCAUGCUGCUUUGUUAGUGUUUAUGGACACUGGGGUUUGCACAGUUCCUGUAUGCUACUUCUUUUCCGCCCUGAGAUUUGAGUGCCUACUUUGUAUAUCUGUCUAACAGCAAUGAGGAAUAACAAAGAUUAUUUUUAUUGGCAUUUGUAAUAUCUCUUGGGGUGAUAUUAGAGAUAUGUGUUGUUGAGAAAUUUAUAUUUUAUAUUAAAAAGUCUGGUUCUAACAGUAGUAACUCACAGGAAAUGGGUUAUUGUAUAAGCUAAAGUGUUAGACAAAACUGGAUGAUACACUUUUAUAUAUGUGUGUGUUUUUUCUCACACCCACACACAGAGGGAUUGGAAGCUGCCAAGUUCCAGGGUAGGGCUACCCUGAAAUCCAAGUAUUGCAGCAUGGGUAGACAUGCUGGCAUGGCUAAGAGUAGCAGUGUAGAUGUGGUGGCAUGUGUCAGCGUGGACUGUAUGGGGACCCUGGGUAUGUGGGCUAGCAAUGCAUCUACUUGGCAAUUUUGAGCCAUACUUGUGCAGAUAAAGCUAGUGCAGGUACGUCUUCCCAUGCACUAAUCACACCUAGGAUUGCAGGAUAGACCUACCCAUGCUGCUACGUCUUCCCAUGCACUAAUCACACCUAGGAUUGCAGGAUAGACCUACCCAUGCUGCAUGUGUUACAGCAGAACAUCUAAUCCAGCUGUGAUCUUAGCUUACGAAAUUGGUACUGUUCCCUGCGAAACUGUGGAAUUGUUGGUGUAAGAAUCCUAGAACUUUAGGACUUUCAGGCCCUGGGAAAUAACCAGGACUGUCAUCUGAUGAGUAUGAACAAAGUACCCCCCCCCCCGAACAGCCUCAUUUCUUUUUACGUGCAAGGUUUCAAGACCAGGAGCCUCUGGACUUUCCUUGGAAGAGUCCUUUUCUUGCUGGUUACUCCUUUAUAAUAACCUGGGGGGGGGGUUGUUUUUGUUUUUUAGUUGUGUGUUUUAAAUCUUAGUGCUAAUAGCACAUAUACAUAGAAGUAUUUUGGAGACCAGAACAUUAGGGUAACUGGGUGCAGAUCACACAUUCCCGGUGGUAUGAGGCAUGAGUUAAGUGGAAAUCCAAACAAGGGCAUUUUUUUUUCUAUUCUGUAUAUUUUUGUAGUGACAUUUCUAUUUAAGAGCUCAUUAAAGUGCCGUAUUUUU